GGCAGUCGCUCCCUCUGCUGGACAGAUGGAGACAUUACACGGGUUUACGCGCUCCGAGGCAGUCGCUCCCUCUGCUGGACAGAUGGAGACAUUACACGGGUUUACGCGCUCCGAGGCAGUCGCUCCCUCUGCUGGACAGAUGGAGACAUUACACGGGUUUACGCGCUCCGAGGCAGUCGCUCCCUCUGCUGGACAGAUGACAUCGUGUCGGUUCAGUCAUAUGACAAACACAAGGCAGUCGAAAACAGGAAACAAUCGUCCAAACAGUCACGGGUAACUGGGUGAGUGCACGCUUCAUGAUCACAACCCGUAAAUGCACACUUUAUGAUCAUGUCACUUAAACGCAGUUGUUUCUGUAAGCGUCUGCUCGGCUGUUGGAGAGUCAGACCCUCCGUGCUAAAGGACGGCUAUUCAGCUACCGGGAUGAUUUCACGCCCUCGCGUUGUAUUUUAGUGAUUUCCAUUAGUUCACGUUGUUGUUUGAAUGAUUAAGGACGCGGCGCGCGUGACGAUGACGUCUGCGGCGGAGAGAACGGACGAGCUCGUGCGGGAAUAUCUGCUGUACCGCGGGUUCACGAGCGCGCUGAAGCACCUGGACGCGGAGGCCAAAGCGGACAAGGAGAAAGGCUUCCGGGUUGAUAAAAUCAUAGAGCAGCUUCAGCAGCUGAUCCAGUGCUAUGACCUCUCCGGCCUGAAGGAGUACUGGGGCUACCUGGACCGCUGGCUCUUCUGCAGGUUGGAGGAUGUGUACCGGCCCACAGUCAGUAAGCUGAAGGCCAGCCUGUUCCGCUACUACCUCGUGCACACUGUACAGAUGAAGAACGUGGAGAAGAUGCAGGAGUUUUUCCAGAAGCAGGCAGCGGAGUUGCAGGGCCAAGUGGAGUGGCGAGAUUGGUUCGCCCUGCCGUUCAUGUCUGCCCCUGAGCAGAACCCCACCUUCUCCCCAUACUUCUCUCGCCAGUGGGCCGACACUUUCCUUGUGUCGCUCCACAACUUCCUGGCCGUUCUCUUCCAGUGCAUGCCCCAGCCGGUGCUGCUGAGCUUCGACGCAGAGGUGCAGCGCGGUGGCAGCCUGCAGGAGGAGAAUGAACGCCUGCGGCAGAUGUUAUUUGCACUUCAAGGAGAGUCCAGAGUAAAGAAAUCAGAAGACGUGGUGCAUCACAAACUGCCCCCCUAUGUCCAGCACAUGGACCGGCUUGGCGACACAGAGCUGGACCUGGUGUCGAGCCAGCGCAUGGCCAACCCCACCACGCCUUCCAGAAACUUCUUCUCCACCUUUCUGCCCCAGGGCAAGAAAGGCCCAAUGCGUGUGAGCCAGGCUGCCCUGGGCUCCUCUCCCACCCAGGGUGCCCUCGGGAGGAAGGACCCCACAGCCAAUCAGUCCAUGAAGGUUAAAGACCCUACAGCUUCAAAGGAGUCCAAGGCGGGGGCUGUUGCCACGGCGACGGCGGAGCCGGGCACCAGCUAUGUCAGACACAAGAGGCAGGUGGACCACGAGAAGGAGAGGAAGGAGCUGUUCUCCAAACAGCCUGUCCAGAUCUCUGAGAAGAAGGUGGAGGGUUCUGAAAGUGACACCCAGCCCGAGAGUGAAAUGUCAGACUCACCUACCAAUCAGACGCGAGCUGGUAGCGAAGUGGGCGGGCAGGGGGCGGAGCAACCCUUCAUCAAGCUGAGUCAGGAAGAGUAUGGAGAGCAUCACUCUUCAAUCAUGCACUGCAGGGUGGACUGCUCAGGCAGACGCGUGGCCAGUCUGGACGUGGAUGGUGUGGUGAAGGUUUGGUCUUUCAACCCCAUCAUGCAGACGAAGGCCACCAUCAUGUCCAAGUCCCUGCUGCUCUCGCUGGAGUGGGCCACAAAACCUGACCGCCUGCUCUUGCUAGGCAGUGGCACAGGAACGGUACGCCUGUACGACACGGAAGCCAAGAAGAACCUGUAUGAGAUGACCAUAGAUGACGCACACCCCCGGAUCCUGUCUCUGGCCUGCAGUCCCAGUGGGACAUCGUUUGUGUGUUCGGCUGCAGCACACACACCUCGCUCAGGGAGCAUAACAGACACACUGCCUCAUGUAUGUCUUCCCAUCUCCGGGCAGCUGUUGCUAUGGGACACCAAGACCGUCAAACAACAGCUGCAAUUUGCUCUGGAGCCAGGCCCAGUAGCAGUGAACUGCACUGCCUUCAACCACAACGGGAACCUGUUGGUGACAGGAGCAGCUGAUGGCAUCAUUCGUCUCUUUGACAUGCAGCGGUAUGAGAGCGUGAUGAGUUGGAAGGCUCACACUGGGGCAGUGUACAGCGUUGAGUUCAGCUAUGAUGAGAAUACCGUCUUCAGCAUUGGAGAGGAUGGCAAAUUCAUCCAGUGGAACAUCCACCGCUCUGGUGUGAAGCAGUCUGAAUACUCACUUUCCCAGGAUGCAGUGGGGCCCUUUGUGCUGUCUGGCUACAGCGGCUAUAAGCAGGUGCAGAUGCCGCAUGGGCGUCUAUUCGCGUUUGACUCAGAGGGGCACCAUGUCCUCACCUGCUCCAACAGCGGAGGCCUCAUACACCGGCUGAACAAGGGGGAGGUGGGUCUGGAGAACGUGUUGUCUCUAGGUGGCCACAAGGCUCCUGUGGUGACUGUGGACUGGUGCUCUGCUAUGGACUGUGGAACCUGUCUCACCGCCUCUAUGGACGGAAAGAUCAAACUGAGUACACUCCUUGCACAGAAGCCCUGAUCCCAGAUCAGCACGAUCUCAGCCCCUCUCACUGUGAGGGCUGAAGCCCUGAUUCCAGAUCAGCGCAUUCUCAGCCCCUGUCACUGUGAAGGCUGAAGUCAGCAUGUCCUGCCUGUUCACUUCUGCCAAACAUUAGCUGGUCUUUAUGGCCAAUGGUCAUGUUUAUUACUCUUUAAAAAUUGAAGUCUCAGUAGAUGAAGAGGAGGAAGAGGGUCCAGCAAUGGGCUGGAGAUGCAGAAAUCAGUUUUAAAAAACCCAAAACAAACAAUCUUGUGCAUUUUCUAUGUCAUUGUGCUUUUUCUAUAUCAUUGUAAAUUCCAGUGAUGGGUGUUUAUAUGGAGACUUAUGUUACAAGUCAAUGAGUACGUUGUACCAGAUAUAGCAUCAUAAUCUUGAUUUAAUCAGGAAGUUCACCAAGGGCAUGUAUGUACAAUCAGCCCUGUGCUUCUGCAGUAUUAUACAUUAUAUAUGCUAAUGAAACCAAGUAUUAAAAUAAGGUAAAUAUGAAUUUAUUCAUCUCUGCGAUAGUCUUCCUUUUUUGUGCCAGGCUGGUGUCUCUGCCUACUGGGGUAGCUCUUCAUCCACUGGGGUAACUCUCGGUCCAUUGGUGUAACUGUCUGUACACAGGCAUUACCCUCAGUCCACUGGUAUGGCUCUAUGUCCACUGGUGUGGCUCUCCAUCCACUUGGGUAGAUGUCUCUCCAUUGUAAUGUAAUGUUAGCCUAGAGAAGUGUAAUGUUAAGUUACUGAAGGUAAUUUUAAUUUAGCGAAGUUAAUGUUAACCUAGAGAAGGUACUGUUAGCCUAGAGAAGGUGGUUAGCCUUGUGCUAGCUGUCCUGUAUGUUUCGCAGCAGUGUAAGCCAAAUGUGGACACUAUCUAAGAUCAGGACUGUCACCACUGCAUCCUAUAACAGAAGAAACAAAUGAGGUUUGCACUGGUUUUUAUGACCAGUAAUGUUUUGCAAAUACAAGAUGCCCUGUUAAUGCAUGUCUACAUAAACUCUCACACACACAAACUCUAAAGAACACUUCAGUUGAAUGUGCCAUGCAUUCCAAAAUACAUGCCACACCUUAUCUGCAGCAAAAGAACCGGACAUCAUUAAGAGCGGUGUCAUCGCCCACUCCUUGAGGUAGCUCCACUUUUGUUUCAAUCCCACAGAUCCCCUUCCCAGUACAGGUUGGGCUCCAGGACCCCCAACUCCCCCAGGACGUGCCAUCUGCCUCCAGCACUUCACCAGUACUGCAUUUGAACCUGGACAGGUUUCAAGUAUGCUCUGUCUUCACUGCACUCAUUUUCAUCAUUGGUUAAUUUGCAUAAGAAAGCUUUUAAAACAUUAACCAUGUUGAGAAGCCACAAUGCAAAUUUUAAAUUAUUUUAUUGCUAUAAUGUUAGUCUAGGAAUGAAAUAUUAGAGUCCUAAAUGCUAGAUUACUAACCCUAUUCCUAGUUUAUUGUGAUGUGUUGAGGUGAACACUUCAUGUUGUUGGCAGUAGUACUAUCACCUCUUUGCUGAACCUCCUCUGCUUGCAGCUGAAAAGCUACCAGGUGUCCAGUUGUAUGUCACUUUUUCUGGUCCGUUUUCCCCACCUGAAACUCCCCAAAACGAGAUCUACCCUGAAAAAAGGCAUUUAUCAUUUGUGAGGCAUUAGAAAAGUAAUGAUAUAUAACACAUCAAAACACAUACAUAACGCCACUCAUACUUGCACGGUCAUGCCUGGUGCACUCAUACUUGCGCGGUCAUGCCUGGUACACUCCAAAUAAUACCUGCUCUGUGGUGGUCCUGUGACAUAAGAGAGUCAUAUCAGCUCGGACAUCACCCAGGUUAAUAAAGUCAGUGUCAGACAAUCUGAUGGCAUUUGUUUAUGUGUGGUGUUUCUGUUCCAUGUGUUGUGUGUUUGUUUGUGUGUGGUGUUUCUGUUCCAUGUGUUCUGUGUUAUGAUUUCUCCCCACGCCUCCCUCAGGUGGUGUGUGUUAUGCUUCAUUGCCAGACCACCUGAGGGCUGUUAUGUUGUGCCUUUUAUAAGCCUCUUGGUCAUUGGCUGUAACAUUGGCUUUAUUUUGUUCUGGUUAGUGCACUCGUUUCUGAUUCUUUAUUAAACUCUUCAGUUGGAGACUUGCA